ACACAACACGGAAGUGUGUGUGACGUCACAGCAGCAGCAGGACAGCCUGUCUGUGAGCAUGAGGCGGGUUUUAGAGAAGAUUAAACAACACGUAGCGGAGGAGCAGCAGCCGGCUGUUCUCCAGGGAGACCUGCUGACAUGCGGGCUGAGAGGGAUCCAGCUGAGACCUUACCAGCUGGAUGGGGUCCAGUGGUUGACCCAGUGUCUGAAGAACCAGCAGGGAUGCAUUCUGGGAGAUGAGAUGGGUUUAGGAAAAACCUGUCAGACGAUCUCUCUGCUGGUGUUCAUGUCCGGAGCUCUCGGGAAGAAAGGUCCGUUCCUGGUUCUGAGCCCGCUGUCUGUCCUGGAGAACUGGAGGAAGGAGCUGGAAUGCUUCGCUCCGUCUCUCACUGUGUUGAGUUACAAAGGAGACAAAGAGAGACGAGCUGAGCUUCAGAAGGAAACACAAACUCAGGACUUUAAUGUUCUGCUCACUACAUACGAGCUGUGUCUCAAAGACGCUUCAUUCUUAAGACGGUGGAAGUGGAAGGUGCUCGUUGUAGACGAAGCUCACAGGCUGAAGAAUCAGAACUCAUUAUUACACAAAGUCUUGACUGAGUUCUCAGUGGGUUUCAGAGUCCUGCUGACAGGAACCCCGAUCCAGAACAACCUGCAGGAGCUCUACUCGCUGCUGAGCUUCAUUCAGCCAAACAUCUUCACAGCUGAAGAGGCAGACGACUUCACCGACUAUUACUCCAACGUUCAGAGUCAACCCGCUCUAGCUGCUGAGCUGCAGAGCGUCCUGGAACCCUUCCUGCUCCGUCGCGUGAAGUCAGAAGUGGCUGUCGAUCUGCCGAAGAAGACGGAGCUGCUGAUGUACCACGGCAUGUCGGCCCUGCAGAAGAAAUACUACAAAGCCUUUCUGAUGAAGGAUCUGGAGGCUUUUGGAAACGACCAGGGCAACAAGAACCGGCUGCUGAACAUCCUGAUGAACCUGAGGAAGUGUGUCGACCACCCGUACCUGUUUGACGGGGUGGAGCCGGAGCCGUUUGAGAUGGGGGAGCAUCUGGUGGAAGCCAGCGGGAAACUCUCUCUUCUGGACGGGAUGAUGAGUUACCUUCACAAAGGAGGCCAUCGGAUCCUUCUGUUCUCUCAGAUGACGAGGAUGCUGGACAUUCUUCAGGAUUACAUGGAGUUCAGAGGGUAUAGCUAUGAGCGUCUGGACGGGUCCGUUCGAGGGGAAGAAAGAAAUCUAGCAGUGAAGAACUUCAGCAGCAAAGACAUCUUUGUCUUUCUACUCAGCACUAAAGCAGGCGGAGUCGGUCUGAACCUCACAGCCGCUGACACCGUCAUCUUCAUGGACAGCGACUUCAACCCUCAGAACGACCUGCAGGCCGCCGCACGCUGCCACCGGAUUGGUCAGAACAGGCCGGUGAAAGUGAUCCGUCUUCUGGCGAGAGACACGGUGGAGGAAAUCAUGUACUCCAGAGCCGCGUCCAAGUUACAGCUCACCAACACCGUUAUUGAAGAAGGACGCUUCUCUCUGCUGGACCAAGCUCAGACAGCCGCUGCAGGACUGCAGCUCAGUGAGAUCUUGAAGUUCGGCGUAGAUAAGCUUCUGUCCUCCUCCGAGAGCUCGGUGACGGAGGUGAAGCUGGAGAAGAUCCUCGGUCCGUCGCGUGAUGGUCAGUGGAUCGAUGAAGAGUUCAGCUCGCUCAGAGAAGAAGAAGAAGAGGAAGAGGAGAGCGGUUCUGAAUCUGACGGGCAGAACCACAUGUACUACUUUGAGGGUAAGGACUACAGUAGAGACCCGAGCUCUGAAGACCAGAAGAGCUUUGACCGUUUGCUUGAGGACCAGAUGGCCGAGUUCCAGAAAGCUGCAGGAGAAGGACGAGCUCUGAGGCACAAAGCUGGAGUCUCGCUGUCCCUCGGGAUGCCAACGAGGAAGAGGAAACCCCUGACGGAGGCUGAGCUGGAGCUGAAACGCCAGAGACGGGAGGAGGCUGCAGCCAAGAGAGCCAAACUCCAGGAGGACGUGAAGAAGAAGCAACAAGAGCAGAAACACAAGAAAAAAAUGUCGUGGUGGCAGUCGUGCGGUUACAGGUCACGUUGUCUGCCGUCGGUUGACAGUGAAGAAGAAGAAGAUGAAGAAGAGGAUGACGGCAGCGUUUGCUCCACAGACUCUGACAGCUCGGCCAUCCACUACGUCCUCGGGGAUGUUACUCAUCCUCACACCGCUCAGGGAGACGCCAUCAUCGUCCACUGUGUUGACGACUCUGGCCGGUGGGGAAGAGGAGGCCUCUUCACCGCUCUGGAGCUGAGAUCAGAUGAACCGCGACAGAAGUACGAGUUAGCCGGCAAAAUGAACGAUUUGGACUUUGGAAAUGUGCUUCUCUUCCCCAUCGAUGACAAACAGUCCAGAUUAGACGGCCGAGAUCAACUGGCCCUGAUCGUCGCACAGCAGAGAGACAAAGACAACAACCUGUCUGGGAUUCUUCUGAGCGCUCUGGAUGACGGUCUGAAGAAGAUUUACGCUGCGGCCAAAAGAAACAAAGCCAGCGUCCAUCUUCCUCGCAUCGGUCACUCCACCCGAGGAUUCAACUGGUACGGAACUGAGCGGCUCAUCAGGAAACAUCUGGCGUCCAGAGGCGUCGCCACCUUCAUAUAUUACCACAACAGAGCAGCAAAGAGCUCAGCUGCUCCUCAGACAUCCUCCAACAGUCCGGCUGAUGAAGAGACAGAACCAGAAGCCUCCGGCCCCUCAGCUCCUCUCCAGAGCGUCUGUGGCCCCACAGAACUCCCUGAUUUCAUGAAGGGGGUCCAUGUGUUUUUCUACAACCUGGCUGCUUCAAAGAGGAAGAGGCUGGCCCGACACCUCAUCACUUAUGACGGAGACGAGGAGGAGAUCAUGAGUCCAGAGGUCACACACAUCGUAGCCGAGGUGGAGAGCAGCGUCCAAUCACAGGAGCUCCAGGAUCUGGUUUGUCGGUUCUCUCAGGCCGUCCCGGUGCAGACGGACUGGAUGGAGUCCUGCUUCUCCAAACAACGAAGAGUCGACACGACUCCGUUCACACAUCGACUCACAUAAAAACGUUUUUUAUUCUAUUUUAGUUUUGUUAAGCCUGAUUGAAUUCAUGUGGCUGCUUUAAAAAUACACCAUGUGAAAACAGUUUGCAAUCAUUGAAUUAUUGGUGAAAUAAUAAUAAUAUUAUAAUAAUAAUAAUAAUAAUAAUAAACAAACACCUCUCUCUACUGCUGUGUCUGAGGUUUGAG